GUAUGCAAAAUGAAGCUCUUCCUCUUGAGCCUGCUUUUCUCACUGGUCUGCACGGUGUCCUCAUUGACUUGUUAUCAGUGCUCAUUUCUUUCUGCUCCAUGCUAUGAAACAGAGACAACUUGCAGUUCACUGGAAACAGCUUGUCAGAGUGCAGCAACCACAUCCUAUAUAGGGAGGUAUACUUUUAAUGAAAUUACGAAAAACUGCUCAACUCCAGCUGAUUGUGGUGAAGUGUCUGUGCAUGUACUUGGAUCACGGAUCACUGCCAACAUUGAGUGCUGUAGCACAAGUUACUGCAACACUGGCUAUGCUCCAGCUUACACUAACAGCACUCCAAAUGGCCUGAAAUGCUGUGCUGAUGAACAUUGCCAGAUUACCAUGCAAUGCCUUGGAAUUGAAGAUACUUGCCUAUUUAAUCAGUAUGUAGAGGAUGGAUUAACAUGGACGAUGAGAGGAUGUGCAUCCAGCAAUGCAUGUGGAUCCCAGUUUUCACAUAUAACUCUUCUAAUUGGACAAAUAACCUGCUGUAAGGGAAACUUCUGUAACCACAACAAUGUUUAUUUAAAUAGCACAUUUUCACACAACCAUGCCAGGCUCAUCACCCUGGACAUCCUUCUGGCUUUGCUCCCAAUUGUUGUACUCAAGUUCAUUUCUUAGUGUUCAAAAAAGCUUUUGUCAUAAAUGCAACUCCAAGAGAGAAGUGGUUAUCUUUACUGAGUACUUGCUUUUGAAAUAUUCAAUCCAUUGCAAAAUUUCGCAUAAGUCAAUUUUGUUAAACUUUAUCUAAGCAUACAAUUUAUAAUGUUUUAAAAUAAUACUUUGUAUUUUAGAUA